AUGAUAUUUUUCUCGAAAGUGUACUUCAGUGUAAUUUUAAUUUGCAUGAAUUUUCAUCAUCUUUACGGAAUAAAAUGUGACGAUGUAAAAAAUACUGAUGGUGGAGCUGGUUCUAUGAGUGCAGAGACUUUAUCAAGCAUGAGUGCAUCUGAAGUAGACACUUGUUUGGUCGAAUUAGGUAAAGAUCGAUUACAACCAGACCAAGGAAAAAUAUUAUGGAGUUUAUUUUUAAAAAAUUAUGACUCCAUAUCAGAUAUACCUGUAGAAAAGCUGCGCACAGUUGGCUGGGUAUCGAUAGGUAUUAGUGUUAGUGAUAUACGUAAUCUUACGUUUGAUGACAGUGAUAUUAUACAAGCAUUUGGAAUUUAUCACGCUUUAAAUGCGGAACAAUUAUCAGCGCUUGCAGAACAAUAUUUCGAAUAUACAAAUAAAACACCUGAAGAUAUUACUUAUUAUGAUUUAAUAUUUUUAAGACAAAUAAUUUGUGCUUUUAAUAAAACUGACAUUGAGCACAUUCAUCCUGAAGAAUAUAAGGAAGCUGCAGGGAUCUUAGGAACUUUAAAAGACUGUCCAAUUGAAGUACUCCAAGGUCUGGCUAAUUUAGCAAUUCAUGAUGAUGCAUUUGGCCCACCUAGUGAAUGGAGUAUGGGAGAGGUCAAGCUUAUUGGAGCAGUUGUGCAAGGUCUGUCAAAUGAACAAAGACGUUUGCUACCACAAGAAGCACAGCAAUUCAAACAAACUCAACAGAAUAAUCCCACACAGUGAAUGAAGAUCACUACUUUCAUAGCUUAA